AUGAACUAUUUCUUUCCAUUGCAAUGCAAUAAGAAGACAUCUAAUGCGCAAUCAAGACGAGCUUCGAAAAUAUCCGCUCCGAGUGUCGAGAUGUAUCUUAGGAUAAAACCAGCAUCGGUACUUCAAAAGAAUUACAUCGUACUCGACACGAGAACUCUUUUAACGUUUCUGCCGUUUGAAGAUAAAUUCGCUCGAAAUUCGAGAUGCGCGAAAUCGAGCGAGGCCGAAGGCAAGCGGCAUGUCUUUACGAAGAUCUUUGGAUCAAAAACUUCACAAGCGGAGAUGUUCGAGGGAUCCAUAAAACAUCGAGUCGUGGAGUUUCUCAGUGGUAAAAGUUCGACCAUCAUGACUUACGGCAUGAGGGAUUCUGGGAAGACUUACACGCUGUUCGGCACGUCCUCAUCGCCCGGUAUAAUAACGCGCAGUAUCGAGCUUGUAUUUUCAGCGAUAAACUGCACUAUAGCGCCGUGGUACAAACCGACACAGGACGCUGUGCUCUGUUUGAAUGAGACCGCGCGAGCUUCGGAGAUGCAACGAAAGAUGCGAGUAUUAGAAGGACUAUCAACAAACUUGAAGCAGACAUCUGCAGAGGCCAGAAAAUUUUUGGAGAACUUACAGCCGAGAAAUCCUGAUAAAUCCGAAGAGUACGAUAGCGAGUCAAUGUACGCCGUCUGGCUGUCCUUCGUGGAGAUUCACAAUGGAAAUGUUUACGAUCUGUUGGACGACGCGGAUAUACGUUCCUCGUUGAAAUUGUAUAUGAACGCUGAAGGGCGAGCUGUUUGCGGUUUGCAAAAGAUGCAUGCCUUAACUGCGCUGGAAGCCUGUCAGAUUCUCAUAGCGGGCCAAUCGAAAAUAAGUGUUACGAAGACAGGAUCGGAGAGGUCUCGAUCGCAUACUAUUUUCACGAUGGAAUUACUGAAGUAUCGGAAGGAUCAUGCAGCGGAGGAAGUGGUGCUUAGUACUUUGACUUUUUGCGAUCUGGCUGGUUCUACACAAUUCGAAAAAUCACACAUGCGCGAAGCAAGUAGCAUCAACAACAGCCUGUUGGUACUUGAUAGAUGCUUCAAAGCUGUGAGUCAGAAUCGAAUGGCGCCAUUUCGCCAGUCAAAUUUAACAAGAAUAUGUCAACGAGCUCUCUCAGGUGAAGAAAAUCUGAGUGUUAUAGUGAAUAUCGCUUUUAAGCCAAAUCUGUUUGAUGAAACACAGAGCAUUUUAAAUUUUUGUUGUACAGUUAGAAAGCUAACUAAUUAUCAUAACGAAUGCAAAGAAAUUUGUGAAUUUGAAGAAACUAUCCGUGAUCUCGAAACAUGUGAUGAUAACACUAUCACGUCAUCAUCUAAUUGUCAAAGCCCAUGUGAGAUUGCAGAAACAAUUGGCUGUGCCGAUUCGUUAGAGUGUAGAAAUAUACGAGAGCAGAAUAGAAGAUUAAAGCAAGAAUUAGAAACUGUAAAAAGUGAUAUGUUAAAUUGCGAAUACUCUAUUCGACAACAACUAGCCGAUCAUUAUUUACAUAUGAUAGAAGAGUUGGAAGGAACCUACAAAGAGAAUACUAAGAAGACCGAAACUGAGAGAGAGGAUCUAUUAAAAUGGUCUAUCAAACAGGUCGAAAGCUUUUACAAGGAACGCAUCGAUAAUCUAAACCAGCGUAAAAAGAGAAAGCGAGGAAACAGCGGUGAUUACAUCGAGGAUAAUCAUACACUCUACGAAGAGCUCAAAGCUGAGAAUGCACAGGUCACUUCCAAGGUGAUAGUUCUGAAAGAAGCGAUGAAGAAAUUGAGGAAGGAGAACAAGACGAUCCUCUGCGAAAAGAACAAAUAUAGUUUCGAAUUAGCCUUAGUAACGGAAGAAUUGAAAAACUUUCGACAGCUCACGCGAGCUAGAAUCCGUAAGUGGGGUGGCAACAAUGAAAACAUCGAGGAUGAUGCUGAUUGUCUCAUGAACAAUCUGGAACGGUUAAUGGAUGAAAAAGUAAAAAGUACCGAGAAGAAACUCGAAGAGAUGAACGAAUAUAACCGUGUAGUAGAAAACGAAGUCGCUGAAAUUGCUUCUGUAAAACAGAAAUUAUCAAAAUCGGAGUAUUCUUUGAAUAAUACUUUGAACAAAAUAAAAGAAUUGGAGAAGGAACUUUUACGGAAAGAAGCUUGUAUCGUCAAACUGCAGCAUCGUACACAGUUACAAGAAAGACAGCUUGCUGAAGUUCGACAGUGCUUGAAUGAUACAAAAAAUGACACAGAAAGUUCUAUUCAGGAUAGUAGAUUUGUAGAGAAAAGUCCUUCACGGAUGUGCAUGAAUUCAACCAUAAUUGAACAAAACGAGUUUAACGACUGGAUCGUUGUUUCAACAUUGUUUACGAAUGACGUCGAAUCAACGAACAAGAAACUCUCGAACGUAUCAAGCGUUGAUCGCAAAAGUUUCUUCGAAAGUAGUGGCAGUAUGGAUUGUGGUGGUUCUAGAUCGAGUGACAAAAGUAGCAAAGAUGACUCGGGAGUAAGUAGUGAAUUACGAAGAUCUAGCGUAAGUGAUCCCGCAAGUACCCCCGAAAACGAAGACAAGUGCCUACAAACUUGUGUCAUCGAUGAGAACAGUCAGAAUGCAAUGGAAAAAAACAUUGAACAACUCAAAGAUAGCGCAGAUUUGAAUAAAUGGAAUUAUCAAGAGACGGUACAUGUUGCUGAAUUGUCUCAGGACUUGGAAACUAUUCGGGAUGUGAUUUAUGUAUUAAAUGAAGAGACUGAUACGAACGAAUAUCAAACGCUACACAAAGAGAAAACACUGGAACGACUGACUGAAGAGGAGACUGAAAUUGCAAUCAAAGACGAUGAUACAUUCAAAAUGAUAGAAGUACAAGAAUAUGAACGUGAGAUUCAUGAUCUGAACCGCAAACUGUUAGUCAAAGAAGAAAAUGAAAAUCGAAUUUUCAUAUGCUUAGAAAGAUACAUAAAGAAAUCUAGAACCUUUGAAAAUAAAUUAUCUUUGUUGAACGACCGGCUGAGAAAAGCGUUUAAUAAAUGCGCAAAUGAACACUUCCCAAAAAUCGAAAAUUUAGAAGAAGAAUUGUUACAAAAGACUCUGCAGAUAAACGAGCUCAAUAGAAGGAUUGCUGAGAUGCAAUAUGAGUUUGCGAAAGACUACGAAUUGUUUCAAAAGAUAUAUGAUUUUGAGAUGAUUGUGAACAGAUGUCAGAAAGACAAGAAAGAGCUUUACAGGCAGUUGUAUGAAUGUUCUGAGACCCAAUUGACUCUCGAGGAUAAACUGAAGAAAUUAACAAUGAUGAUAACAGAAAGAGAGAGCGAAAUUAUCUUGUUGAAAAGUGAAGUACGUAAUAUAGCAGAUCUGAACGUUGCAAACAAUGAGAAAGCGAGAAAUCUGAGUGAGCAAAUUACCGAAGCGGACGAAAGUAUCGGUUCGAUUAAGGAAGAUCUGCAUUGUUGCAAAGAUUUGCGUAAAAAUAUGAAGAACACCAUGAAAGCGAAAAUUCAUAAUUUGAAAUCCCGGUUGUCAGAUCAAGAAAAUAAUACAACGCUCCUGAACGAAAUUUGCAAGACUUACAGCGACAGCCAGGAUGAAAUAACUCGUUUAAAGACGCAACUGGAGCAUAAAGAAUUAGAAAUAACUCUACUUAAAACUAAUAAAGAUGCUUCAAUAAAAAGAUAUGAGAUUUUAAUGAAAUAUUUUCAAAAUGAAAUCGAAGAGAAGGACAAAUGCUUUGAAACUGCGAACAGUCCAAAUAACUUGGAAAGAUCUUUAACUGAGAAUCAAAAACAGUUAGAAGAAACCUUGAAAGAUCAUGAAGCCGAAAAUAGUUUCGCAAGCAGUUCCAAUUUCGUGCCUAAACGCACUAGUUCGGAGAUAUUAAAUGUUUCGUCAGUUCCAAGAGAAAAUUCCACAACUUUUUCCAAUGAUGACAUUAGCAUUAAAUUCGUUGAUAACGAAUCUUCUCAGACAGACAGCAGUGUAAAGUCAAAUGUAUAUUCAUCUGUAUAUGAAACUGAUAAUUCUGAAAUGGAAGAUAAUUUUAAUAUGAGAUUAUCAGGAGGUACCAAAGACAGAAAGAAAAUACCAAAUUGGAUGAAUGUUAGAAGAACAUCUGGAGAGCGCGGGUACAUCGCGUCGCAUCGGCGGCAGCAGCAGCAGCAACAGCGGCGGCGGGAAAAGGGCGACAACAAUGAAGAGGAGAAGAGUGGCGAAGAGCGGCGACGAUGGCUCGCGCGAUGGGGCGAGCGCCGGUGUGUGUUGGUGUUAGUGGCGACGGUGGCCGGCGUGGUCUAUGACGAUGGUGGUGCCGGUCGGUGUGGUGGUGGUGGCGGUGGCGAUGGUGGUGGUGAAAUUUAUACCGGAUGCCAGCCACCUAAUAACGUUAUUGCGUUGUAUAAACUGCGAGAGCGCGGCGAGCAACGCUGCAGCACAUUAAAGCCGCCGUCGGCACCAUAG